AGGAAAUUUAACACUGAAUGAAACAUGCAAACGAAAUGAGCAGUGUUCUAUGGUAUCUGGCUCUGUUUGUCAAAAUAACAGAUGUGUUUGUGGACCUGGGUAUAAAUCAUUUCAUGAUUCCGAAUGUUUGUCACGAGUCCUGGAUCCAAAAGAAGAUAAAAGAGUCAAUCUGACAGUUGGAUCUUUCAUUGGCGGUCUUAUCUUAGGCAUUGUUCUCACUUUACUUGGAGUAAUCGUCUACAAAUACAUAAAAAAUUGGAAUUCUAAGGCUGAAAAAGGCAAUACUCAAAGGCUGCAGUUUUUAACAACACUUGUUAUGAAACUGAAAGAGAUGCUGAUCAUGAUCAGAACGUUUCCAUCGCGCAACGUACAAAUAAGCGAAUUCGAAAGGUUUUAAAUGUGGCACCCAUACAAUGGAGGAGAGUACUGACAGAAAUCUCAAUAUAGCUAGAAGCUACAAGGAAUCUUAUGUUUAAUCAUUUCAAGAUAAUGAUUAUGAUUAUGAUGAGUGAAGAAGGUGUUAACUCUUGUGCAAAAACACUAUUGUGCUUAGUCCGAAACGUGCAUAUGUUUUUAAAGCAGAUUGCUGCCUAAGCUUUCACUGAUUAACUUUUGAGACCUUACUCGAGUGUAAAACAGGGAUGGGGUAAUUGAAAAAUGUAACUGACUGUAAUUAAUAACAUUUUUGGAAGUAAUUGGAUGUAAUUUGUAAUUGAACAUUUUUUCAAUUACUUGUAAUAAUUAUUGUUAUUUGAUUAAUUACACUGAAAAAAUACCAUGUAAUUUCAAUUACAUUUUCAAUUACAUUCAAUUACUUUAUAUAGUACAAUGCACAAUAUAUUGUCACCACGACCUCCUCAUUAUACUGUCUUUUAUUUUAUUGCAAAACAUAUCCGCAGUCCUUCAAUUAUACAGAAGACAGUUUAUAUUACAUGUAUGAUUAUAAUGUAGUUUCUUUCUAAUCAUUAUAUAAAAUUUGAUUUUUUUUUUGUUUUAUGUUUAUCUUCAUUUUGCACCACCAUUUUUUAAUAUGUUUAUUCAGCUAUGAAACACACAUUAUGUAUCAUAUUUCAUUCUCUGUUUUUCAUCAACGUAGAAUAAGAAUGUGUGUGUCAAGAAAAAAAGAAGAGGAAAGUGUGUGUCAUUAAUGAAGUUCACUCUUGUUGGUAUUAAGAGAUAAUUGCCCUACAGAUCACAGAUGUAAAUUGCAAUCAAAACAAAUCAUCGCCUCUAAAGACAUAGUCAUUCAAUAAUUAGGAUGACAAAGCCAAUGCAUGGGGAUAAUAAUUUCAAUUAAAAAUGCACCGCUAGUUUGAAAAAAAGAAAACUUUUAAUUUGAUAAUUAUUUUAACAUCUAAACAGAAUUUUAUGAAUGAUUUUUGUAUCUGAAAAAGAGAUGUUUAGUACAAGUAUUGUAUAAAUAUGAAGUAAAAAUGUUCAACAUAAGUAGCAAUUUAAGAUGUUAAGGUUACCUUUAAAAAAAUAUUUAAUUUGAGGAGUUAUAGUUUAGACUUA